AUGAGUCAUUGCUGCUGCAAAGCUAAAAAAUAAAGAGACUUUAUAAAAAACGAAGAAGUAGAUUUUAGAAACUCUAUUUUAAAGUCUGUAGAUAACUAUGAAGUUACCUUAAAUUUGUUGAAAGGAACUGAUUAUAAUGGUACUGUAGUGAUAGACUUCAAGUUCAAAUAGCUAUUAUAAUAGGGUUAACAUUUACAAUUAGAUUACGAUGGAUAAGAAGUUGAUUAUGUAGCAUUAGUGGAUCAACAAAGGUAAGAAAUUAAAUAACUUGAAUAUGUCUUUGAGAAUCAGAGAAUACUCAUAGGAUCCGAGUAAUUCAGUGGUGUUACUAUUGAUAGUGUUGUUUCUAUCAAACUAAAAUUCAAGAAUUAAUAUUACAAUUUAGAUGAUGGAUUAAACUCUACUAUCACAGAUUAAAACAACCAAUAUAUUUAUGCACAAGGAGAAGUUGCAAACACUUAUAAAAUAUUCCCUUGUAUUGAAUAAAUUAAUUUCAGAGCUACCUUCGAUUUAACAGUAACUCACCCAGCUUCAUGGAAAGUCGUAUCUAAUGAACCCAUUCUUUCGUAGUUAAAUAUCUCUUUCGACACAUAAAAAACGGUUUUCAAAAAAUCUUAGAUUGCUUUGCCUAACUAUCUAUUUACUCUCUGUGCAGGUGAUUAUGAGUAAUACAAGAAUAUUUAUAACGAUAAAAUAGGAAUGGAUACAUAUUACAGAAAAGAAAAAGCUCAAUUUGUCGCAACUUAGAUUUAAGAUUUUAAUGAUAUCACUAAAUUUGGUAUUAACUAUAUGGAAGAGUAUACUAAAAUUAAUUAUUAUAUGGAUAAGUACGAUUCUGUUUAUUGCAUAGAUUAUACUUAUUAUGGUAUGGAAAAUCCUGGUUGCACCACAUUAGAAGAAAGGAGAUACGUUUUUGAACAGGAGAGAGAACCAAUUAAAAUAGCUUUAAGAUCAGAUAUAUUGUUCCAUGAAAUUUCUCAUAUGUGGUUUGGAGAUUGCAUCAGUCUCGAUUGGUGGAAUAACCUCUUCUUGAAAGAAGGUUUUGCUAAUUUCUUUGGAUACAAAAUCAACAAAGAGUACUUCAAAGGAAAAGAACUUGAGUGGUACUAUGAAAUGGGUAAAGUCAAAGCUGUAUACGAUGAAUCUAAUCCUGAAACUGUUUUUCCUCUUAGCCAUGAAAGAGGUUUAUAUUAGGACUACGAAAGCAUGAACUACCAUAGCGAUAUCUCCUAUUAAAAAGGAGGAUCUGUAUUUUAAAUGAUGGAGCAAAAAAUUUAUGGAGAGCAAGAUUUCUAAAACCGUAUCAUCAAAUACUUUAAGAACAAUUAAUUUACAGUGGCAGGCAUUCAAGAAUUUUUAGCAGAGCUUAAGGAAGAUGAUAGCAUUUCAAGAAAAUAUAUUUUUAAUAAGGGAAUAAGCUAUUACGAUCAAGGUGUAUUCAGAGAUACCUAUAAUCUAGGUUUAACAUCAGAUGAGUAUAGAUAACUAAAGUUAAAAUUCUUUGUCAUAUGCAAAUAAAGUGGAAAAAUAAAUGAAAUUCCUCAUUCUGAAUUAAAUUAGUACUCUACUGAUAAAUUUGUUAUCAUUUUAAAUAAUUGCGAUAACCACUUAGUAUUUUAAAGAAUUUACAUAGAAGAUUUAAAUGCUAUUUCUGAGUUGAAUGUCUUCGAAUAGUUUAAUUUACAACUAAGGAUUUCUUUAUGGAAAGCCAUAAUUUUUGAGCUAAUUUAAUUCGAAAACAGUUAAAAUCAUAUUAAUUUCUUCUUAAAUAAUAUUCAUUACGAAUAAAAUCCUGUAGUCUUUCAUUUUGCCCUAAGAUUUGUCCCUAAAUAUGUCAAUAAGUGGACUGUAGAAUAAGAAAAGAAAAUUAUUUCAGUUUACGAAAACGAACAAGAUAAAUUAAGAAAUAGAAUUGUGCUAAAGAAUUUAAUCAGGUAUCUCUUCACCUAAGAAAACCUAAAUUACUUAGUCACAGAAUACUUAAAGUAAACUUUUAAGAUUAAGCAAAAGUAUUUGGAUUAACUCACAGAAAGGCUUGAUCCUAAGUCUGAAGACUACUACAAGCUCAUAGAAAAAAAUAAAUGA